GGACGAAGAAACGGUGACGAUGGCUUGGUGUGGGCGCGUGUCUGGCAGCUGCCGCUUACAGGUGGUGUGCUUGCUUGGGAACCAACCUCUACGGACCGUUCCCACGGAAGGCCUGUCCCCCUCCAGACACCCAACCAGAACCCCCUUGCCCUGCGACGGCCAAGGGCCCCUCCACUAUAUAACCAUGCGCCGCGGACCGCAGCCACCACAAUCACGGUGACCGUUCACGGUGUAACAGCUAGUUUAUCAAACGAUACUCGUUCGACUUGUGCUUAUUAAGUGUGUGAAGUGUCCAAAGGAUUAACCAUGCAGAUGCACGAGCAGAUCAUGAUGGUAGACGGACAGGAGCAGCCCAUCUCCAGAACUUAUCAGUACAGAAAGGUGAUGAAGCCAAUGCUAGAGCGGAAACGCAGAGCGCGCAUCAACCGGUGCCUGGACGAGCUCAAGGACCUGAUGGUGACAGCCCUAGCCGGCGACGGCGAGAACGUGGCCAAGCUGGAGAAGGCUGACAUCCUCGAGCUCACCGUUCGCCACCUCCACAAGCUCCAAAGACAGCAAAGAUUGUCGGCGAACCCGGUGAUCGACGCCGACAGAUUCCGAGCGGGUUACACUCACUGCGCGAACGAAGUCAGCCGCUGCUUGGCGGCCACUCCCGGGGUGGACGUGGCCCUGGGGACCAAGCUGAUGACCCACUUGGGACACAAGCUCAACUCCAUGGACAAGACAGGACCUCUGACCAUCCACGUAGCCGCGCCACAGUCCUCGCCGUCCUCCAGCGACCUCAGCUCCGACGAGUACUCCAUGCCCUUGACGCCAGCCUCCAGCCAGCCCUCUCCCGUCAGGACGGACAUCGAGACGAUGUCCCAGACCCACCAGGGACUCCUCCAGGUCGCCAAACCCACCGAGCCCAUCUGGAGACCCUGGUAAUCUCGACUAGAAGACACUCGACUAGGAGAGACUCGAUUAAAAGAGACUGGAAGACGCGAGAAUCUUGGACGAGGCCUGGAAGAAGAGGUAGUGGAGGAACCAUGAAAAUAGCCCUUCCUCCAGGUGACCGAACCUGUCGGCUUCUCUGGAGACCUUGGCAACCUUGGAAGGAGCGAACCAGAAGAGGGAGGGAUAGAAGGAACGAAGAGCUACUACCAACCCUAUCCGAAGACCUCGGUGACCUCGGUGACCUUGAAGUAGAAGAUGAAGAAAGAAUAUCAACUCGUCGAGGAAGCCUUGGAAUUCGAGGAUCCACGA